AUGCGUUUAAAGGUUAACCCUUCUUUUAAAUAAAAUAUGGUUGUUUUCCGUGUAAGGAACAAUCAUAGGAGGCGUUAUGCUAUUCUGUUGUUGAGUCUCGCGGGUUUUAUUAUUUACAGACACUUCGGAGCUCAGUCAGGGAAGAUGAGUAUUAAUCGGACCAUGGGGCUGCGAGUGAACUCUUCUCAGUUCACCCUGGGAGGUGAGCAGUUUCGCAUUCUGGGGGGCUCUCUACACUACUUCCGUGUGCCCAGGGCUUACUGGAAGGAUCGGAUGGUGAAGAUGAAAGCCUGUGGUCUCAACACUCUUACUGUUGAUGUGCCAUGGUCUCUUCAUCAGCCUGAGAAAGGAGAAUUCCGUUUUCAAGGAGGCCUUGAUGUAGAAGCUUUCCUUCACUUGGCCGCAGAGGUGGGACUCUGGGUAAUUUUACGGCCAGGACCAUACAUAGGCUCUGAUCUUGACCUCGGAGGAUUGCCCAGCUGGCUUUUGCGGGAUAGAGAGAUGAUGCUAAGGACCACCUAUCCAGAGUUUCUAGCGGCUUUAAACGGAUACUACAACAAGCUCAUUCCGAAAGUAGUGCCUUUUCAGUUUAAGAAAGGUGGACCUAUCAUUGCUGUUCAAGUGGAGAACAAAUAUGGAUCACAUGCAAGAGAUGGCAACUACAUGUCAUUUAUUAAAGAGGCUCUCCAGGAACGGGGCAUCAGCGAACUUCUCUUAACAUCAGACAACCAUGAAGGCCUAAAAUAUGGUGGAAUCAAAGGAGCCUUAAGAGCUCUAAAUCUACAGAAAAUUAAUUAUGAUGACAUCAAAUAUCUGGAAACAGUGCAGCCCAACAGUCCUGUACUGGUGAUGGAACUCUGGACGGGGCGUUGUGAUGGCUGGGGUGGUUUACACCAUAGUUUCCCUGCUGAGGAUCUGGUUGCCGUGGUGAGAGAGAUACUGAGGCGAGGGAUGUCCAUUAAUCUGUAUAUGUUCCAUGGAGGGACAAACUUUGGCUUCAUGAGUGGGGCACUGGCCAACCCCUCUUACAAGGCUCUGGUCACAAGCUAUGAUUAUGAUGCUCCUCUGUCAGAGGCAGGAGAUUACACACCAAAGUUCCACCUUCUCAGAGAUCUCCUCAGCGGUUUUAACCGCGAAUCACUGCCAGAGAUGCCUGGACUCCGCUGGAAAGAAGAAUAUGAGGCAGCAAUUAUGUUUCAACACCUCUCACUAUGGGAUGCCCUACCAUACACACAUGAGCCUUUCAAAACCCAGAUCCCUGUUAAUAUGGAGAAUCUUCCUGUGAAUAACGGUAAUGGCCAGGCUUAUGGAUACACCCUCUAUGAGACCACCAUAACCAGCGGAGGCUCUUUAAAAUCAGGACACAACAUACAAGACAGAGCCCUGGUGUUUGUGAACCAAAGUUUCAUUGGCAUUUUUCACCACAGGAAUUUAGAAUUAGCAGCUCCUGAUGGAAAGGGGAAACGGUCUUUGAGUCUGUUGGUGGAAAACUGCGGCCGCGUACAUUAUGGUAAAGACAUGGACAACCAGCGCAAAGGUAUUGUUGGGGACAUUUUGUUGAAUAAUACACCACUUAGAGACUUCAGCAUCUAUAGCCUGGAUAUGACUUCAGAGUUUAUUGACAGCUUGUACAAUGCACCUUGGAAGUCACUCCCUAGCAAACCAAGUUUCCCAGGCUUUUUCCAGGGAAGGAUAUUUGUGAAUGGUUAUCCUAGUGAUACAUACAUCAAGCUGCCAGGCUGGAGUAAAGGUGUAGUCUUCAUUAAUGGACAGAAUAUUGGACGUUACUGGGACGCUGGACCACAGCAAGCUCUGUUUCUGCCAGGACCGUUCCUCAACAGUGGAAUAAACCAAGUGAUUGUGUUUGAAGAAGCAGAAGCAGAUUUUAAAAUCCAGUUUGAAGACUCUCCUGAUCUGGGAAUGACAGUUGACAUUUAACAAGGAAAAUUCAAAAAAGUUUAUGGACAACAUGAGGCUGAAGACAUGCCUG